AUGACGAUCAUCAGCGGUUCCAGCUCUGCAGAGAGCGUCAGGAAGGAAGCUCCCAACACGCCACCUCAGAUUCCGAUUCAGCUCGAGCCAAUCAUGGCCACCAGCGAACCGGGCUUCGACGACCUCUACCCUUGGCACAAGCACAGCGCCGAGCAGCCCAAGCUCGACGAACCGCCUCCCAUCGGUGGAUCCAUCGGCCCAGUGAUCAAGUUCGAGGAAGAAGCGCACGUGGCAGCUCAUCAGAUGGCGAGCUCUUCUCUGAGCUCGGAGCCAUCCACUUUCGCGAAUGUGCAUCAGUUCUCAAAGGUCGGCUCGUCGACCGUUGAGAAGCCACUGUCGAGCGCAGCCAUGUAUCGCACAGCUUCCGCUCCCAACACGCAGCUGUCUCCAGCCUUUUCUCCGCUGAGCAUCGCUUCAUCGAGCGUCUCGCUCCGAUCAUAUCAGCACAGUCCAGCCUCACCGGCUCCUUACGGCGGGUCACUGCAGGCCGACACUCCACCUGACGACCUCAGCGCUGGCGGUGAGAUCCUCGACAUCUUCUCGGACGACCGACUCCCCGGCUAUCAAGUGUGGCCGCGUGGGCAGCCCUCCUCGUCCGCCCUCGCUGUGCGCAUCCCUCGUCAGCUCGUGGGCUGGAAAGCCAUCCUCAUGGACGCAGGCAACUUUGACGAUGCCGCCUUCUCGUCCGAUGCUGCUCUCGCCAAAAAAGCGCGGCGAGCAUCCAAGGUCCUUGGCAAACAAGGUUGGGAGGUUCGACAAGAACGACUCAAAAACAGCUACGAUUUUCGCCGCGGCUCGGGGAUCUGGGCCUCCAUGCACGGCGGCCAUCGACUGUUCAAGCACGAAUGGCAUGUCAUCGUCAAGGACGGCACGAGAUACGUGUGGAGGAUGGACAAGAAGGCGCUGGCGCUGUAUCGCGAGGAGGACGAGGUCAAGGUGGCCGAGUACCGCAGAGCUAUGAGAGUGAAGUUGGGUAUCGACCAGACAUGA